AUGUCAGGCAACAACGGCUACUUGUACAAGAGCUCCGGCGCCAAUCGCCAGGGCAACCACUACUGCUCGCGCGACUACGGCAACGGCUCCAACAGCUACCACUACUCCAACACUGAUGGUUCCUACUACUACUCCAACCCCGACGGUAGUACCUACCACAACAAUGGCCGCGGCGGCUCCACCUACACCUCGCCCAGCGGCCAGACUCAUCAGUCUGGCUACGGCAGCACCAGUGGCAGCGGCAGCUCGGGAACGAAGUGA